AUGUCUCCCAUCUAUAUUGUGGAGAUCGUGCCCCUCCCCCAAUCUAUGAUAUGUCUCCCAUCUAUAUUGUGGAGAUCGUGCCCUCCCCAAUCUAUGAUAUGUCUCCCAUCUAUAUUGUGGAGAUCGUGCCCUCCCCAAUCUAUGAUAUGUCUCCCAUCUAUAUUGUGGAGAUCGUGCCCCUCCCCAACCUAUGAUAUGUCUCCCCAUCUAUAUUGUGGAGAUCGUGCCCCUCCCCCAAUCUAUGAUAUGUCUCCCAUCUAUAUUGUGGAGAUUGUGCCCCUCCCCCAACCUAUGAUAUGUCUCCCAUCUAUAUUGUGGAGAUCGUGCCCCUCCCCAAUCUAUGAUAUGUCUCCCAUCUAUAUUGUGGAGAUUGUGCCCUCCCCAACCUAUGAUAUGUCUCCCAUCUAUAUUGUGGAGAUCGUGCCCCUCCCCCAAUCAUUGAUAUGUCUCCCAUUUAUAUUGUGGAGAUCGUGCCCCUCCCCCAAUCUAUGA